AUGAUUACUCUUGGCUACUGGAAUGUUAGAGGAUUAGGAUAGUCUAUCCGUUUCUUACUUGCUUAUUUGGGUGUAGAAUAUAAUAGUAAGGUUUAUAGCACAGCAGAAGAAUGGUUUGGUAAAGAUAAAAAUAACUUAGGUUUAGAAUUUCCAAAUAUUCCUUAUAUUAUCGAUGGGGAAUUUAAGCUUACUGAAUCUUCAGCCAUUCCUAUCUAUUUACUCAGGAAAUACAAAAGAGCUGAUUUAUUAGGUUUUUCUAAUGAUGGAAGCUACAGUGAGAGAGAAGUUAGAGUUGCUCAGCUUAUUGGUGUUAUAAAAGAUAUCUAUAAAGAAACAAUUCCAGUAUGUUUCAGCCCUGAUUUCGAUAAAAUAAAAGAUUAAGCUUUUGCUAAGGGUGAAGUUUUACUUAAAAAACUUGUAAGUUUUCUUGGAGAUAAAGAGUUUUUGCUUAGUACUUUGACUUAUGCUGAUUUUCUCUUAUAUGAAGUACUAUGCUAUUAUAAGUAUAUUUAUCCUUAAGCUAUAACACCUACACUAACGGCUUAUAUGAACAGAUUUGAGAAUUUACCAGGAAUUAAAUAGUACAUAGCAAACCCAAGCAUAAAUCUCAAAGCUUUCCUUCCUACAUUCAAAUCUACAUGGUCAGGUCCUCAAUGA